AUGGAAUCGCUACUGAAGUUUCCGAAUCUUCAAUCUCCUUGGCAUUGGGAUGAACAGACAAAUGAAUUAGCAUGUGACAAAAGUCCCAGUGACGACAAAACUGACAGAAAUUCUGAAACGGUUUCGGAAAGAAUUGAUCUUUGGAAUAUACCACCAGGAAAACGUCCGCCUGCUUACAGAAAGCGUCCGCUCGAAGUAUCAAAAGAUAAGAAAGUUGUUGCGAUUGGGGAUAUUGUUCAUGUUGCCUUGAAUAUGGUCAGCGAUACCUAUUUCGUUCCCGAACGAUUUGCAUGUUUCGUUCGGCGACCAGAACUGGAAGAUUUCUUUUUACAUUUAAUCAAUUAUUUCUAUUGGUAUUUUGAAUAUAUUGAUUCACAAGUUACGACGAAUGCACUCUGUGUAGAACUAAAUCGCGAAGAGAGAGAUCGAAUUGCUAAUGCCAAAGGUCAUCUUGAUACCGCUCUUCUAUUUGUUGCUCAGAAAUAUAGAUAUGAUGAUACUGAUCCAUUAUCGAAAAAACGAGAAAUUAUUCCGUACACUGGCCGUGUUUCACGAACAUUAAUCGAUCGUGGUUAUGCAGAAUUAUUGAUGAUUUUUUCAACGUUUGUCGUAUGGAUUACUUACGAACGGAAAUAUUUUGAAGGAAUACAAACGGAAAUCGGCAGAAUUAUUCGUACAAGUUCCUUUCCAAAUCCAGCCUAUUCUACUACUCAAGUUCGAACGCGUUCGACCCGUAAAACAGCAAACGAUUCUGCUGGUGGUGGAAAUAGUGAUAAUUCGUCGAAUAGUGACAGAAAGAGCAUUGCAUCCACUGGUAAACUAAUUCGAUUACAGAAGACUAUAGCUUGUGCGGAUGUGAAUAAAUACAACAAAUCAAGUGAUUCUAAUAGACACGGACAGUCAUUUCGACAAUUAUUGAAUCAACGAUCACCAGUGCUAGUUACUUUAUUGCCAACAUCACGAGAUCAAAGUGCAGAAUUAUUUUCCCGCCGAAAUUUGAAAGAUAAUUCAUCUUCGACGAAAGCAAAAGUCAUUUCUGAAGAUGAAUUUCAAGUUUUACACGAAGUCGGUGUUCUUGGUCAACCUAUCGAUACAUUGACGCUAAUUGUAAGUGAUGAAACAUCAGAUGCUAAUGCACCAGCUUCUCAAGUACCAGCAGCACAACACAUUGAUAUGAAUCGAGCAAGUAUCGACGCGGAUAAAGUCGAGAAAUAG